AUGCGUCGUCAACAAUAUAGAGAGGCCGUAUGGAUGUUGUGCGCCAUUCUUCUUUGUUUAUCUGACUGGUCUGCAGCUCAGAUUUCGUACUCCGUUUCCGAGGAGGUGGACAAAGGCACAGUGGUGGGGAAUCUCGUUAAGGAUUUAAACAUCAAUGCACAGCAGCUGGAGGAACGGGGCUUUCGGAUUGUAUCAGGAUACAGUAAGAAAUAUUUCGAGGCAAAUUUAAGGACAGGAGCUUUGUUUGUUAACGAAAGGAUAGACCGAGAAGAGCUUUGUCCGAAUUCACCUAAAUGUUCCUUAAAUAUAGAGGGACUAUUGAGCCACCCUAUGAAUAUUUAUCGCAUUGAGGUCAUCAUUAUUGACAUAAAUGAUAAUGCACCGUCAUUCCUCGAGCAAAUCCAUGUGUUUAAUAUCUCCGAGUCUUCUUCAUCUGGAGAGAGGUAUCCGCUCCCAAUAGCCCAAGAUGCAGACACAGGCAGCAAUUCAGUGAAAACAUACAAGUUAAGUCCCAACGAGCAUUUCUCCAUAGAUGUGAGUAGUGGAGAACACGGUGUGUCUGCUGAGUUAGUGCUGCAGAAAGCUUUAGACCGAGAGAAACAGCCGAUUAUUAAACUAACAUUAACCGCUGUAGACGGAGGAAAACCUGCAAAAUCUGGCACCAUGCAGAUCCUUGUGAAUGUGAUAGACGUUAACGAUAACACGCCUGCCUUUAGCAAGUCGCUUUAUAAAGUAAGAGUACGCGAAAAUGUACCAAUAAGUACAACAAUAUUGAAACUAAAUGCAACCGAUUUAGACGAAGGUCCACAUUCGGACAUCAGAUAUUCUUUAAUGAAAAGAGGAAAUGUGAACUCUGCUGGAAAAUUUACUGUCAUUCCUGAAAGCGGUGAAAUCAUUGUAAAUGCUAAAUUGGAUUACGAAGAAAGCAAUGCAUAUGAAUUAAGAGUACAAGCAACAGAUCAAGGCGCUUCCCCUCGCAGUGGUUAUUCUAAAGUGCUGGUAGAGGUUAUUGAUGUUAAUGAUAAUGCACCGGAAAUCUCUAUAACUUCACUCAUGAGUCCAGUAAAGGAAAGUGCGGAAAUUGGAACAGUUGUUGCUCUGGUGACUGUGACGGAUAAAGAUGGAGGGCAAAAUGGCCUUCUCAGUUGUAAAAUUAAAGACUCGGUCCCUUUCACAUUAAAGUCAAAUUACAAAAACUAUUACUCUUUGACAGUGGGCGGUCUCCUUGACAGAGAGAUUGUUUCAGAGUACAAUGUAACCAUUACUGCUACCGACGAGGGGAGUCCGCCUCUUUAUAGCACUGCUGUAAUCACCGUGCAGAUUUCUGAUAUUAAUGACAACACGCCCCGUUUCCCAGAAGCCAACAUUAAUAUUUACGUGAGAGAGAAUAGUAAAGUGGGAGAUAUUAUCACAAGGACAACUGCAGAGGAUGCAGAUGCAACUGAAAAUGCUAAAUUGACUUAUUCUUUAAUGGAUAAUUAUCCGAAAGAUUUUCCGAUUUCAACAUUUGUAAACAUCAACUCAGAG